GGAAGCGGAAGUGACCGCAGAAGCGCUGGGCGGAGGCUCAAGAUGGCGGCAGCGGUUGUGUCUCUAGCCGGGGCUGCUGAAGCGGCUGUGCUGCGUGGACGGGGCGUCUGGGGCCGCUCUCGCAUGAGGUUUGGACUGACUGCAUACAGACGGUUUAGUAGUGGCAGUGCGUACCCCAACAUUCCUCUCUCUUCUCCCCUACCUGGAGUGCCCAAACCUGUUUUUGCAACAGUUGAUGGACAGGAAAAAUUUGAAACCAAAGUCACAACACUAGAGAAUGGACUUCGUGUGGCAUCCCAAAAUAAAUUUGGACAAUUUUGUACAGUAGGAAUUCUGAUUAAUUCAGGAUCAAGACAUGAAGCAAAAUAUGUUGGUGGAAUUGCUCACUUUUUGGAAAAACUGGCAUUUUCGUCUACUGCCAGAUUUGGCAGCAAAGAUGAAAUUCUUCUUACCUUGGAAAAGCAUGGGGGCAUUUGUGACUGCCAGACAUCAAGGGAUACUACCAUGUAUGCUGUGUCUGCUGAUACAAAAGGACUGGAUACUGUGGUUGGUUUAUUAGCUGAUGUAGUGCUGCAGCCAAACUUAUCAGAUGAAGAAAUCGAUAUGACUCGAAUGGCUGUCCAGUUUGAAUUAGAGGACCUAAAUAUGAGACCUGAUCCAGAGCCACUUCUCACAGAGAUGAUUCAUGAAGCUGCAUACAGGGAAAAUACAGUGGGCCUCCACCGUUUCUGUCCAGCAGAAAAUAUUUCCAAAAUUGAUCAAAAAGUACUCCAUUCAUACCUGAGAAACUAUUACACUCCUGACCGGAUGGUACUGGCUGGUGUAGGGAUAGAACAUGAGCAAUUAGUAGAGUGUGCCAGAAAAUAUCUCCUAGGAAUAGAUCCAGUUUGGAGUAGUGGACAGGCCAAGGAUGUUGACAAAUCUGUUGCACAGUAUACUGGAGGGAUUAUCAAGAUAGAAAGAGACAUGUCUGAUGUGAGUCUAGGACCCACACCAAUCCCUGAACUCACACAUAUCAUGAUAGGACUUGAGAGCUGUUCCUUUUUGGAAGAAGAUUUCAUCCCCUUUGCAGUGCUAAACAUGAUGAUGGGAGGAGGAGGUUCUUUUUCAGCUGGUGGACCAGGAAAGGGAAUGUUUACCAGACUUUAUCUCAAUGUGCUAAACAGGCACCAUUGGAUGUAUAAUGCAACCUCCUAUCACCAUAGUUAUGAAGAUACAGGUCUCUUGUGUAUUCAUGCUAGUGCUGAUCCCAGACAGGUUCGAGAAAUGGUAGAAAUCAUUACAAGGGAAUUUAUUUUAAUGGGUGGAGCUGUGGGUGAGGUGGAGCUUGAGAGAGCCAAGACACAACUGAUGUCCAUGCUCAUGAUGAACCUAGAAUCCAGACCUGUAAUUUUUGAAGAUGUAGGGAGGCAGGUGCUGGCAACAAACUCCAGAAAACUACCUCAUGAAUUGUGUGCUCUCAUUCGUAAUGUGAAAUCAGAUGAUAUCAAGAGGGUAGCUACUAAAAUGCUUCGGGGUAAACCUGCAGUAGCUGCCUUGGGAGACUUGACAGACCUGCCAACAUAUGAACACAUUCAAGCAGCACUAACUAGUAAAGAUGGACGACUGCCGAGAAUGUACAGGCUUUUCCGAUAAGGAACUGAAAAAGCCUGAAUCACCCUGAGAAUCCAGGGGAGCAUGUUUUUUAUGUAUUAUUCUAGGAAUUGUUGUAAUUUAGUACAAAAAAAAAGAUGUUUAAUUAUACAGAAUAAAACAAAUUGGACUGUU